AUGUCCCUUUCUAAGAAGCUGACUUUGGACAAACUGGAUGUCAAAGGCAAGCGCGUCAUCAUGAGAGUGGACUUCAACGUUCCCAUAAAGAAGAACCAGAUUACCAACAACCAGAGAAUCAAGGCCGCCAUCCCCAGCAUCAAGUUCUGCCUGGACAAUGGAGCCCAGUCCGUGGUGCUGAUGAGCCACCUGGGCCGGCCGGAUGGCGUCCCCAUGCCCAAGAAGUACUCCCUGGAGCCUGUCGCUGGCGAGCUGAAAUCCUUGCUGGGCAGGGAUGUGACAUUCCUCAAGGACUGUGUGGGCCCAGAAGUGGAGAAGGCCUGCGCCAGCCCCGAAGCCAGCUCAGUGAUCCUGCUGGAGAACCUGCGCUUUCACCUGGAGGAGGAAGGCAAGGGCCAGGAUGCCUCUGGGAACAAGGUGAAGGCAGAGCCCGAGAAGGUGGAAGCCUUUCGCCAGUCACUGUCCAAGCUAGGGGACAUCUAUGUCAAUGAUGCUUUUGGCACUGCACACAGGGCUCACAGCUCCAUGGUGGGAGUGAAUCUACCCCAGAAGGCAGCCGGGUUCCUCAUGAAGAAGGAGCUGGAGUACUUUGCCAAAGCCUUGGAAAACCCAGAGAGACCCUUUCUGGCUAUCCUGGGUGGAGCCAAAGUGGCAGACAAGAUCCAGCUCAUCAAAAAUAUGCUGGACAAGGUCAACCAGAUGAUCAUCGGGGGCGGGAUGGCUUUUACCUUCCUGAAGGUACUGCACAACAUGGAGAUUGGUGCCUCCCUCUUCGACGAAGAGGGAGCCAAGAUUGUCAAGGAGAUCAUGGCCAAAGCAGAAAAGAAUGGUGUGAAGAUUACCUUUCCCGUGGACUUUAUCACGGCUGACAAGUUCGAUGAGCAUGCCAACACUGGAAGUGCCACUGUAGAAUCUGGCAUCCCCAACGGCUGGAUGGGUUUGGACUGUGGCCCUGAGAGCAUUAAAAAGAAUGCUCAAGUUGUGUCUGAAGCCAAGCUCAUCAUUUGGAAUGGUCCUUUGGGAGUCUUUGAAUGGGAAGCCUUUGCCAAGGGAACCAAGGCCCUCAUGGAUGAAAUCGUGAAAGCCACCUCCCAGGGUAGUGUCACCAUUAUAGGGGACGGGGACACUGCUACUUGCUGUGCCAAAUGGAACACUGAAGACAAAGUCAGCCAUGUGAGCACUGGAGGGGGUGCCAGUCUGGAGCUCCUGGAAAGUAAAAGCCUCCCAGGAGUAGAGGCCCUCAGCAAUGUGUAA